UUGGUGUUCCUCUUUAAUGUAAUCAUGUUUGGGGUGACAAUCAGACGUGUUCUGAUUCUCCACCACACCAGAGAGUUUGGGCAGAAUAACCUUGACAAAGCAAAGAAAGACAUUUGCUCCCUGGCUGGAGUCAUGACUCUGCUCGGCAUUACCUGGGGUCUGGUCUUUUUCUCAUUUGGCCUCCUGACCACUCCUGCCCUCUACCUCUUCUGCAUCUUGAACUCACUGCAAGGUUUUUUCAUCUUCCUUUGGUUUGUGAUGUCACUGAGAAAGGCUAAAAACUCGGCUACUAAGAUGAGCAGUGAAACACGCAGCACUAACAGCUAGUAGCAACACCUCCAUAAGAAUCUGUGUGUGUUGGUAUAAUUCAUAUUGUAAUACAGUGACAACAUGAUUAUUUCUUCUUUAAAUCAUGAUGUUUAUUUAUAGAACAGCACAGCAGAGAAGGCAGCUGAUCAAGUGUGAACAUUAAUGUUAUGUUUGAAGUUUUAUUGAUGAAAUACAUGGAGUAAAACAUUUGUGGUAAGGAAUUAAUCUCUCGUAAGAGCAACUUAGAGGAUGGUUUCCCUAUGCAUUGUAAGCUUUUCCAUAUUUGAGCACAGUUUUCUCAGUCAGUCAUUUACAUACAUGCAUUUAUAGAAUGUUUUAUAUUUAUCUUGGUUAUAAUUUCUUAUUAUUUUAAUGUAUAUUAAACAGCAAAUUUGUACCUGAACAUAUAUUCUUGCAUACCUUGAGUGCCAGUAUUAAAAGCAUAAUCAUGUUACUGCAUGCUUGUUUAGCUCUUGACAGGAAAACAAUUAUGGUUUAUCGAGUUUAUGACUAAAACUGUAGAUAUGAAUCCACGUUAAACCAAUCAGAUCUGAAAACAAUUCCAACUUGACUCCUUAAGAAUCAACUGAUAUUUAUUCAUUUGUAGAAUACAAUUCUAAUGUAAUGCAAUAUGGCCAGACAGAUUUUUACUUUCAUCAACUAAUAAAAUUUAGAGUUAAAGCCAUCUAAUGCCAAAAUCUUGUUUUAUUGUCAGUGGCU